AUGAUUUCUAUCUAUACCGUUGAUUCGUUUACACGUGAAAUAUUUAAAGGUAAUCCAGCUGCUAUUUGUACUUCGUUUCGUGAUGUACCAUCUUCAACGGAUCUUGAUAUAUUUUUUCAACAGAUUGCAACGGAAAUGAAUAUAUCUGAAACGGCUUUUAUUACAAAAGCUAAUGAUUCAUCUUCGAAUUCACGUUAUUUUCUUCAAUGGUUUACACCAACAAAUGAAGUUGAUUUAUGUGGCCAUGCAACAUUAGCUACGGCUCAUGUUCUUUUUGAAGAAUUUCUUCAAAACUCUUCUAUAGAUGAAUUAAUUUUUGAAACAAAAAAAGUUGGCGAAUUAAAAGUGAAAAAAUGUGAUAAUCAAGGUCGUUUACAACUUGAUUUUCCUAUGGGUGAUCCGCAAUCCAUUGAUCUGGAUAAUCAAAUAUUAAAUGAAAUUAAAUCAAAAUUAAAUAUAACACAAGAUAUUAUUACUAUUCAAUUAUGUAAACGAACAAAAAAACUUUUAAUUCAUCUAUCUUCUAUAGAUGAUAAUAUAAAACCACAACAAAAUCUAACUGAAAUUCAAUUUGAUCAAUCUAUACAACCAUUCAUACGUGGUAUUAUUCUUACUAGCAAAUCAACAAUACCAACAACAACUGAUUUUAUUUCUCGUUAUUUUGCUCCAUGGAAUGGUAUUCUUGAAGAUCCAGUUACUGGUAGUGCACAUACAGUUCUCGCUGUUUAUUGGUCUCGAAUAUUAAAUAAAUCAGUUCUUAAUGGUUAUCAGAAAAGUGCUCGUGGUGGACAUGUUGAAUGUGAAUUAGAUAUGAAAAAUCAACGAGUUUUAUUACGUGGUCAUGCUGUUACUGUCAUGCAAGGUCAACUUCAAAUUUCACGGGAUAGAGCUUGUUGGUCAGGUAAAAGUGGUUCAUACAGUGGAAGAUGUACAUAUUAUCAUGUUCAUGUUGGACUUACAGCAUGUGGUACGCAACAUGGUGAUCAUGAAUACAUUGUUGCAAUGAAUUCGGCUCAAAUUGAUCUUCACACACCAAAUAAAAAUCCAAAUCAUAAUUCCUUAUGUGGUCGAAGAAUACAAGUAAAUGGUCCUCGUGGCUCAGCUGAGGUUCAAAUAGUUGAUAGAUGUCCAGGUUGUCCAUAUGGUGGUUUAGAUUUAUCACCUGCAGCAUUUCGGACAGUUGCCGGAAAUCUUGAUGUAGGUGUUGUUCAUGUCACAUGGAAUUGGAAAUAA